GGGUGGAGUCUGUUCCUGAUGACUACCUGCAAGUGGUUGUACCUGUUCCACCUGCUCUCCUCCCCCCAGCACUCCCUUAGGUGUCAGCUGAUGAAGGAUCGGCAGGCCACAGGACUCCUGCCUGCCUGCCUGCCCUCAAUCGGGAUCUACCCUUAUCCACAGAUAAAGAAGGAAGCUGGUGGGUGCAGCUGAACCUGUUUUCUUUUUCUCUUCCAUUUUCACCUUUACUCUCUCUCUCCAGUGUGGAGAGAGAGAAAAAGGAGUGUGGUUGUCUUUUUUUCUCUUUUCUUUGGGAUCCAACACUGAAAGUGGCUUCAGAAGAUUUAAACAGGAGCCCUCGCAACUGAACGCAGCAUGGGGUCUGAUGAGUCAUACAACUUUGUCUUUAAAGUGGUUUUAAUAGGAGAGUCUGGAGUAGGAAAGAGCAACCUUCUGAAUCGCUUCACCAAGAAUGAGUUCAAUCACGACAGUCGCACCACCAUUGGUGUGGAGUUCAGCACGCGGACUGUUCAGCUGGACAACUUUAUCAUCAAAGCUCAAAUCUGGGACACAGCGGGGCUGGAGCGCUACAGGGCUAUUACCUCAGCGUAUUACAGGGGAGCGGUUGGAGCCCUGUUGGUCUAUGACAUUACCAAGCACCUAACCUAUGAAAGCGCAGAGCGAUGGUUGAAAGAACUGUACGACCAUGCAGACCCUCACAUGGUGGUCAUGCUGGUAGGAAACAAGACAGACCUGGAGAGCCUCAGGACGGUGCCCACGGAUGAGGCCAAAGACUUUGCAGAGAAGAAAGGUCUUAUGUUCAUGGAGACAUCAGCGUUGGACUCCACCAAUGUCGAAGCUGCUUUCAAUGAAGUUCUCACAGCGAUCCAUAAGAAGGUGGCCAGCAGAGAAGUGACCCGUGGCUCCAUCAGUGCUGUGACCCUGUCCAGUCCCAUCGGACCCACCAGCGAGGUGCAGGAGGAGCGCAGAGGCUGCUGCAAUAGCUCCUAACACAGUGCUGUCUCUGUAAAUCUCGUCCUGGAACCAGCAUCUCGCUUAUCUGUCAUCCAGCCUUAAGCACAAUUUCAUUCACACACAAUUUGAAGAGCGAGGUACUCGUGUGACACCUAGGCAGUCAUUGUUCAAACCUUUUCAUAUAUAAAGGCAAUACAGCAUAUCAUUCAAAAACAAUUUAAGAUGCAGGACAAAGCUGCACAUUUUGAUGAAAUCCAUAUUCUUGUUUUGGUGGCUAAUGGGGGCUUUCUAUUAUAGAUGUUUUUUUUCUUUUUCAUCUCAUCUUCAUGUUUUUAAAGUGAAGUUGUAAAGUUGUAUUGCUUUUAUAAAGAAAUGCACUGGGAUCAACUUGGAAUAAAUUAUUUAUGUUA